AUGAGCUUCAUAGUGCUGAUGGUGUUACUGUGCUGUCUGACACAGCACAGCACAGCACAGGCUCAGAGCAGAGAAGACAAAGAGGUCAAGGUGAGUUCCACCCUGCAGGACUACACUAGAGAAGGCCAGAGCCGGAAUGACAAACAAAUGACAGAAUUUACUUUUGGCACCCAGCCCGCCUGCCAGCCUGACAUUUACUCCGUGCUGAUGGAGCUGAGAGCUGUGGAAGCCAGGCUGAAAGCUGCUGAGAGCCAGGUGACUGAGCUGAAGGCCCUGGAAACCAGACUUACUUUGGCUGAGACCCAGGUGGACGAGCUGAGGAGAGCAAACAGAGACAGGCCAAAGAUAGCAUUCUCUGCCUCCAUAGGGGGCGAUGGGGACACAGGACCCUUCAAUGUAGACACCACCGUGGUCUACAAAACCGUCAUCACAAACAUCGGCAACGCCUACAGCCCAAAUACAGGGAUCUUCACAGCACCAGUGAAAGGAGUGUACUACUUCAGAAUGUCAAUUUUUGCCCGUGGUUCGGUAGCUACAAACGCUCAACUACUCAAGAAUGGGGCACGUAUAGUUACUGCAGAUAGUCACAAGACCGGAGAUCCAUUUGAGAAUAGUUCCAAUGGGGCCUCACUUCUUCUAGAAGUGGGAGAUCAGGUUUACACACGUCUGUGGGCAGGCCGGCAUAUCUUCGACAAUGCAAACCACCACAGCACUUUCAGUGGCUUCCUGUUGUUCCCUGUGUGA